AGCAACAUGGCGGAACCAAAGCACAGAAGAUACCUUUGUACAACUCUACUGCUGAAUAACUUACUGGUGUGACCUGCUCCACCAGUGGGCCCCCUCUGCCCUACGACACCGUCUCCAACUGCUGCCUGUCACUCUGACUCAUCUAUAUGAACCAGCAGUGACGAAAAAAAUUCCAGCAAGAGCUGCAUGCGCCCUUACGUUCAAUACGUAUUAAUAUAUCGAAAGAUGAAACGCGCCGUGGUAGAACUGUUGAGCCUCACAGGACUAGUUUUCGGAGCGGGGGGUUUCGCCCCCAGCAUCGAGGCGCCCCUGGUUACCACGGAGCAGUCACCCGUCACCAGUGAGUCCCCAGCUGUCCCCCCGACCUUCCUGGGUCGUCACAACGCCACGGUCACCGUCCACGCUGGUGACACCGCCGCUCUGGCUUGUUACGUCCUCAGACUGGGUGAUAAGACGGUAUCUUGGGCGAAACGUCGUGGUGGAGAGUUUCACAUUAUCACUAUCGGCUACCAUACCUACCAUAAUGACAACAGGUACACUCUCAGCUACGAGUACCCCAACAACUGGAAGCUACAGAUACGGUACGCUCAGAAGAGAGACGAAGGCCUUUAUGAAUGCCAAAUAUCAACCCAUCCCCCUCAGAUAAUGCGAGUGUAUCUGAGUGUCUCAGUGCCUGAGAUAGAGAUCAGGGACCCACGGGGAGCGGCAGUUACCGAGGCUUACUAUCGUGUCGACUCCACCGUUGGUCUACAGUGUGUGGUGACGCCCGCGCCGCCCACCCGCCCAGUCCGCUGGUCCAGGACCCACCACCCACUCACCACCCAGCCGGAGAGGGGCAUCAGGGUAGACACGUCGCUCAUGGGCGCGGGACUCAGUUCUUGGCUUCACAUCGCUCGCGCCUCCGUCAGAGACUCCGGCAACUAUACUUGUAGCGCCGGUGACGCCGUCAACACCUCCGUCAGAGUCCACGUUCUUGACGGAGAAAGUUCUGCAGCGAUGCAGCACUCCACUACUGACGGAGGGACGCUAGCUGACUGUCCCUCCUUAGCGCUCCUCGCCCUCCUCGCCUCCUCCCUCAUCCUCGCCGCCAGCUAGGACACGCCAGGAUCGCGUCUGAGCCUGCACCAACGCCAGACACUCCGCUAACGCCAGGCGCAUCAACGCCUCCAACCCAACAAGCACGAACGACAGACACAAGCAACGAAGGGGAAGUAAUCCACGCUACUAUAUAUGUGUGUGUGUGUGUGUGUGUGUGUGUGUGUGUGUGUGUGUGUGUGUGUGUGUGUGUGUGUGUGUGGUGGUUGUGUGUGUUGUGUUGUGUUGUGUUGUGUUGUGUUGUGUUGUGUGUGAUGUAUGGUAUAGCUGAUUUAAUGGCACAGAUGUGGAGGAGACAGUGAUAGUUGUGUGGUGGUGGUGUGGUAGGGAAGGUAUGGUAAGAAUUUUGUGGUGGGAGAAGUAAGUCU